AACUUGUGGCUCACAAUAUUUCCUUCUUUGCUGAUGUGGCAUUCCCCUCCUUUCUUUAUUUACUAACUAUGACUUCUAACUUCCAAGUCCUCCUCCUUUUCUUCUUCUUCUUUUUCUUCUUCUUCUUCGAUCCAUCUCUAAAUUCCAUAGACAAGCAAAAUAAAUAAAUAAUGUCUAAUUCUGCAAUAAAGCUCUUUGGCAAAACCAUACCAUUGCCUCUUUACCACCAUAAAGACUUGUCUUCUUCUUCCUCUUCUUCUUCUGAUGAGGAUUGUCCUGAUAGCGAUUCUACUUCUUCACUUGAAAAUAAGACUGCAAAAGAACAACAACAACAUCAAGAACUUAACAAGGAACGUUCAGCAAAAGAAACCACCAAUGACAAACAAGAGAACAGUACUGCAGACGACUCAAAACAGAAAGAAACCACCACCUCAUCAGACAACAAUGAGAAACCCAAGACAAGCACAGCCGAAACAGAGAAAGAAAGCUCUAACAACAAAAAUGGUGAACAAAGCGAAACGAGUGAUUCACAAGAAAAACCAUUAAAAAAGCCUGACAAAAUACUCCCCUGUCCACGUUGCAAUAGCAUGGACACAAAAUUCUGUUAUUUCAAUAACUACAACGUUAACCAGCCUCGCCAUUUUUGCAAGAAUUGUCAAAGAUACUGGACGGCUGGAGGAACAAUGAGAAAUGUGCCAGUUGGCGCCGGUCGCCGGAAAAACAAGAACACGUCAGCUUCAAAUUAUCGUCACAUAAUGGUAUCAGAAGCAUUUAAAUUAGCUCAAGUAGGAAACAGCACCACAAAUUCAACUGUUCUUAACUUUGGAUCAUCAGCAGAUUCUACGCUUUACGAGUCCGUGGCUUCGGUACUGAAUCUUUCAGACCAAACAUCGAAUAAUCUCCGAAACGGGUAUAAACCUAAUAGAACUGAACAUAGAAUUCACGGAAGUGAAAAUGGAGAUGAUAGAUUAAGUGGUUCUUCUAUUACGGUUUCUACUCCAUCAGAGAAAGUGAUAAGUAACUGUAAUAUGCAAGAAACAGUUCCUUAUGCCUCAGGUCAAGUAGCAUGUUUUCCGGGGCCGCAAUGGCCUUGUCCGUGGAAUUCUACUCCUUAUUGUCAUUCUGGUUUUCCGGUGUCGUUUUAUCCAGCACCGCCCUAUUGGGGAUGUUCUGUCCCAAAUCCAUGGAAUUUGGCAUCUUUAAAUCCUUGUGCGACACCGAGCUCAAACCCUGGUUCUGCAUUAGGGAAACAUUCAAGAGAAGGAAAUAUUAUUCUAAAUUCUAAUAAUGUCGAAGAUGGUUCAAGAGAAAGUGACUGUUCAGAAAGAAAUGCUUUGGUUCCAAAAACAUUGAGGAUUGAUCAUCUUAAUGAAGCUGCAGAAAGUUCUAUAUGGACAACACUUGGGAUUAAAAGUGAAAAAUCAAAUUUCAAUGGUGGAGGACUUUUUCAGGGUUUUCAAUCAAAAAACAUCGAAGAAAGAAAUUACAUUAAUGCUGAUAAAUCUUCUGUCUUGCAAGCCAAUCCUGCUGCCUUGUCAAGGUCUCUCAAAUUCCAAGAGAGCACCUGAAAUUAAAAUAUAUUGUAAAAGAGAAGAACUUACCUUUAACAAGCUUCUAGAUAUGGCUGCCUGCCUUCUUUUUUUUUUUAAUCUUCUUCUCUGUCGCAUUAUGAACAAUCAAGUGUCUUUUGUGUAUAUUGCGUGUGAGAUAUGUAACUCUAUAUAUGGAGAAUCUUUGAAUAUCAUAAAACUUUCAAAUUGUUGAUGCAGCAAAAA